GAAGACCAGGACUGCUCUACAUUAUGCUUGUGCCUAUGGACAUCCAAAUAUCGUGCUUCUUCUCAUAGAGAAGAAGUGUGAGCUUAAUAUUCGAGACAGUGACGACAGCACAGCUCUGAUAAAGGCCUCCCAGGGCCAGCAUGAGGAGUGUGUGACUCUUCUCCUGAAAUACGGCGCGGAUCCAAACGUGAGGGACGCCGGUGGCAAUGCUGCUAUCCAUUAUGCCAUCUACAGUGACAGUGUACCCAUGGUGGCCACGCUGCUGGCCUACAAUGCCAGUAUUGAGUCGCAAACCAAGGAUGGCCUCACACCACUUUUGCUUGCUCUAAAGGAAAACAAAGAAAAAAUGGCAGAAUUUUUAAUAGAGAAUAAUGCCAAUGUACAUGCUGUUGAUAAGCUGAACAGAUCAACCCUCAUGUAUGCUGUCCAAUGUGAAUCCAAACAUAUGGUCAAGUUUCUUCUUCAGCAAGGCGUUGAUGUCUUUUUAAAAGAUGACUUUGGAUGUCGUGCAUCAUUUUAUGCUCUUUAUGGUCAUUGUAAAGUCAUCAGGAGAACACUUUCCAAAUAUGAAGAAAAGAAUCUUAGAUGUCUCCCAUGCAACAAUCCUGACUCUUCAGUCGGUGAGAGUUGUGGUCCUGGACUCAAGAAAUCUUCUCAGGAGGGAAAAGGUUCCUAUUACUUUUCUUGCACUCCCUGCCCAGAGAAAGAGAUUUCCAGUGAGACAGGUGCUGGCGACUCACUCCAUCUUGCGGAUUUGCUUUACUCAUGUGACAGACUAAUCCAAUGUAAAAUCAGUAGAUGUGCAUUGCUUUCAAGAAAAAUCAAAAUAAUGGAAAAUAAGAUCAGAAGACCACAGAAAGAGCUAUUAGAUAUAGAAGAAGUGAAAUCUCAAUUAGAGAAUGAAAAUAGCGAACUGGAUGAAAUAUACCAUAUUAGAAUUCUCUUGCAGCAAGAAUGCUAA